UCGGGCCUUGUCGGUCUCUUCGCGUUCAUCUUCUCAAUUCUCACUGUCUUCUUCUCGUCGUCGGCGAGGAAACCCUAAUCUGAUCUUUCGUGCCGAUUUGUGUAGGAGAAGAUGAGAGAAAUUCUCCACAUCCAGGGAGGGCAAUGUGGUAACCAGAUCGGUGCGAAGUUCUGGGAGGUCAUUUGUGACGAGCACGGGAUCGAUCACACCGGCAAGUAUAGUGGGGACUCCGAACUUCAACUCGAGCGGAUCAACGUCUAUUACAAUGAGGCGAGCGGUGGGAGGUAUGUUCCGAGGGCUGUGCUUAUGGAUCUGGAGCCGGGGACAAUGGAUUCGGUGAGAUCGGGUCCGUUUGGGCAGAUCUUUCGUCCUGAUAAUUUUGUUUUCGGGCAAUCGGGUGCGGGGAAUAACUGGGCGAAGGGACACUAUACUGAGGGUGCGGAGCUCAUUGAUUCUGUGUUGGAUGUGGUGAGGAAGGAAGCGGAGAAUUGUGAUUGCCUGCAAGGUUUCCAAGUAUGUCAUUCUUUGGGUGGAGGAACGGGAUCCGGCAUGGGUACCCUUCUCAUUUCAAAGAUCAGAGAGGAGUACCCUGACCGCAUGAUGCUGACCUUCUCUGUUUUCCCAUCUCCCAAGGUUUCUGAUACCGUUGUGGAGCCAUACAAUGCCACUCUCUCAGUUCACCAGCUUGUUGAAAAUGCCGACGAGUGCAUGGUCCUCGACAAUGAAGCCCUCUACGAUAUCUGUUUCCGCACUCUCAAGCUGGCUACCCCUACAUUUGGUGAUCUCAAUCACCUCAUCUCGGCUACCAUGAGUGGCGUCACUUGCUGCCUGCGUUUCCCCGGACAGCUGAAUUCCGACCUCCGGAAGCUCGCCGUCAACUUGAUCCCCUUCCCUCGCCUCCACUUCUUCAUGGUCGGCUUUGCUCCCCUGACAUCUAGAGGAUCGCAGCAAUACCGCGCCCUCACCGUCCCUGAGUUGACUCAGCAGAUGUGGGAUUCCAAGAACAUGAUGUGUGCAGCCGAUCCACGCCAUGGCCGUUACCUCACAGCCUCCGCCAUGUUCCGCGGGAAGAUGAGCACCAAAGAGGUGGACGAGCAAAUGAUUAACGUUCAGAACAAGAACUCUUCCUACUUCGUCGAGUGGAUCCCCAACAACGUCAAGUCCAGCGUGUGCGACAUCCCGCCCAAGGGACUUAAGAUGGCUUCCACCUUCAUUGGGAAUUCAACUUCCAUUCAGGAGAUGUUCAGGAGAGUGAGCGAACAGUUCACUGCAAUGUUCAGGAGGAAAGCUUUCUUGCACUGGUACACUGGCGAGGGCAUGGAUGAGAUGGAGUUCACCGAAGCCGAGAGCAACAUGAAUGAUCUGGUGGCCGAGUAUCAGCAAUACCAGGAUGCCACUGCGGAGGAAGACUACGAGGAGGAGGAGGAAGAAGAUGAAGUGGAAGCUUGAGCUUUACUACAGAUCUCAACUUCUUUGCGAUCAUUUUCAUCUAAUUUGUUUCUAGUGUGAUUGGAGAAGGGUUUGGGAUAUCUUUCUAAUAUCUGUAGGAUCUAUAAAUUCUGUGCUGGUUUGGUUAACUUUUCAGUUUGACGUUGAAAUGGUCUAUGUAUUUCGGGUGGCUCAUGGCCCAGGGCAUUGUCAUUUGCGUUAACUCUGUUGCUCUGUGAAUUCUUCUGGGCUAUUUUCGAUUUGAAAAUGUUGUGUGUGUGUUUUUGCUUGUGGCAUGAUC